UUAAAAGCCAACCAGGAGCCUCGGUUCCAGCAGUAGACCGAGAAAAGUCCAGGAGAUAAAGUAAAGACUGACCUCACCUGCUGAUAUUCUUCUGUUGAACCAAGUUCUCCCACUAUGAAGGUGGCCAUUGUUUUCGUCCUGCUCUUCGCCACAGUUCUCUGCCGACCGGCGAGAAAACCUAACAGUGAAAGCUCCGACAGCUCUGAGGAGGUGGUGAGAAGACCAGCGCGCCCGGUCAUCAGAAAACAGCAAAAUGUUCUUUCUAAGUCACGAUCGGCUCCAGUUCAGAAAGUUGUAGCUCCAGCUCAGUCUGCAUCAGAUGAGAGUGAAGAUGCUUCAGAUGAAACUCAGGAGGCGCCGGCUGGGCUCCCAGUGCAGGUCAAAGCUGGUGUUGCACAUGCAGACACCAGUUCUGUCACCAGUGAGGACAGCGAUGACGACGAUGAUGACAAAGAGGAGAGUGACACAGAUGAGGAGGAAUCUGACUCAGACUCAGAGUCUGGAGAGUCGUCCACCCCGGUGCCCGUCACCGUCACCCCAACGCCCGGCGUCGUCGAGCCGGAGACCACGCAGGAAGCCAUCGAGCCGACCGUCGUCACCGACCCUGACGCUGGUCGCGGGGACAGUUUGGGAGGAUACACCGACGACUACAAGUCCAUCAUGUAUGUGGAGGAGAAGUCCUACCAGAAGGGCUCCAACCCCUACAAAUCCUACGAGAUUGUUGGCAAGAAGGUGGCCUACGACAUGACUAACGGCAACGAGGUGGAGAAGUUCCCAAAGCUUUACAAGGCUUUGCAGAUCCACUCUGACAUCGUGGAAGAGGACACCAGCACCCCAGAGGUGGAGACCCAGGGCCUGGAUGCCUCUUCUGGGCUCUCCCAGGACCAGGACGCCAGCGCCCGGCAGGCCGCCGUUCCCGCUGAGGACGACAGCGCCAGCAGCGGGGCGUCCACCGCCAACGACAGCGAAAGCAGCAGCACUCCGGAGGAAGAGGAGGAGGAGGAAGGUGCCAGCUCCCCUAGUGACAGCGCCAGCGCCGAAUCCGAGGACACCCAGAGCAGCGAGGAGGCCACCGCCACGCCCGGCGCCGCCGACAGCGACUCGGACGAAGACGACAGCGUGGAAAGCGACUCGGACGAGGACGGGGCGGGACCGAACCCCACCGACACGCCGGUAGUCGUCACCGCCAAGUAAGGCGUCCAGGAAGCGGGGCGGACGGCGGCGUGA